GCAACCCUAGUCUCUAGAAUUUUUUUUUUUAACCCUAGCACAUAUGGGGAGAUGAUUUUUGUGUAAGAUCCUACACAAAAUACAGAUUAUUUAACUGAGAGGUGCCACUUGCAUGUACAAAUCCUCUCUAGGUCCCAGAGAUUUCUGCUUGCCAGUAACCUGGACAUAGCAGAACAUAAUUUGGGCUAAUUUCUAGUUCAAAAGGCGUCCUUGCUGCUUCAUGUGUAAACAGCGUGGAGUAAUGCAGCAAACUCCAGCUGUGGUUGUCAGGCCAGAUGUGUGUGCGGGUCGGAGGCUCUGGCUCCAGGCAGCAACGAGUUACACCUGAUAAGCUAGUUUCACUUUGAGGACUAGGAAGUGCUCCGCUGAAGACAGCCCAGGCGCGAGUUCCAGCACGGAGCUGGCAUCCCACGCCCUGGAGCGCUGAGUCGAGCGGAGGAUGUGCAGGGCUCCGGAUUAACGCCAUGGGCCUGCAAGCCCCUGCUGUGGCGGGGAGAAAUUCUGUGGCCUAGCCACCCCAGGCGUGGAGGCAGCUUCCUUUGGGGCAGGGAUGGAACAGCUCGUCCGGAAGCGCUUCAGCUUCUUCACCUCCUUCUGGAACAAACUCUGGCCAAACCCUGUUUCUGCUGACAGCUCCUCGCUGGGGUAUUUUGACCCGGAUCCUGUGGCCCUGCGGCCAGACCUAGAGCCGGUGCCUGACUCCCCCAGCGCCUCUCUCUUCAGUGCCCUGUACGAUUUCCGAGCCAGGAGUGCCGAGGAGCUGAGCGUCAGCCGGGGAGACAAAGUCUGUGUCCUCAAAGAAGAGGGGGACUACGUCUUAGCCAAGAGGCUUUCGGGGGAACCAGCCCUGGGCUACAUCCCUGCCAGUUACAUAGUGAAGAUCAGCGAGGAAACCUCCCACCAGCCCUGGUACUUCAGCGGAGUCAGUCGCAACGAGGCCCAGUAUCUCCUACUAUCGCCUCCCAAUCAGCACGGCUCCUUCCUCAUUCGGGACAGCGAGAGUAACCGGGGGGAGUAUUCUCUGUCAGUCCGCAACCAUGCGAAAGUCAGCCAUUUCCGCAUCUGCAAGGAGCCCGACGGAGGGAUGUACAUCCAAAAGGGACAAGCUUUCCCCAACAUGCAGGAGCUGCUCACCUUUUACACAGUAAACUGGAAAGUCGUACAGUGCCCCUUGUUACAGCCCUGCAUUCCUAAGGCACCUCCAGUGAGAGAUUCCUGGGAACGGCCCCGGUCAGAAUUCAUCCUGGGGAGGAAGCUGGGGGAAGGAUAUUUCGGAGAGGUGUGGGAAGGACUGUGGAAGAACAUGGUGCCGGUUGCCAUCAAAGUCAUCAAACAAGCCGACAUGAAGGCGGAAGAUUUCACCAAAGAGAUUCAGAACCUGAAGCGGCUGAAGCACGAGAGGCUGAUCCAGCUCCAUGCCGUCUGCUCGGUGGGCGAGCCCCUGUACAUCGUCACGGAACUCAUGAGGAAAGGCAACCUGCAGAGCUACCUCAGCAGUCUGGAAGGAAAGGCUCUGCGCACACUCCACCUGAUCAGCAUUGCUUGCCAGGUGGCCGAUGGGAUGACCUACCUUGAAGAACAGCACAUCGUCCACAGGGACUUGGCAGCUCGGAACAUACUGGUGGGAGACAACCUCACCUGCAAAAUCGCCGAUUUUGGACUCGCCAGGCUCCUCAAGGACGAUAUUUAUUCCACCAGUGGCAGCACCAAAAUCCCCGUGAAGUGGACAGCCCCGGAAGUAGCAAACUACCACACCUACUCGCUGAAGUCCGAUGUUUGGUCCUACGGGAUCCUACUCUAUGAAGUCUUCACCUACGGGCAGACCCCAUAUGAAGGAAUGACGAACCAAGAAACCAUCCAGCAAAUCAGCAUGGGCUACCGCCUCCCCCGGCCAAGCACAUGCCCUCCGGAGAUCUACUGCAUCAUGCUGGAGUGCUGGAAGGGCAACGCCGAGGAACGACCCGCCUUUAUCGUGCUGCGAGAGAAACUCUGCUCUCUGUACAGACGGCUGCACAGUUCUCUCUCCUGACGGAAAGGGCAUAAUAGCCAACACCCGCCCCUAUUACUUUGGGCUUUGGUUCUCACUCCCGCCCAGUGUUGCAGCAUGGCCGGGGGCCUCCACCCCAUUGGCUGACUCAUAGAGGCCUGAGCCCAGACGGCUUUCUUGUGUGGCACGUGUCGGGUGAAAAUACACAAGGCUUUCCUCUGGGGAGACACGGGAAACCAGGUUCCACUGUGGAGAAGGUGAGCCUCCCAGGUAUGGUGUGACCGUGCCCCUGUCACACGGCAGGCCUCACCACCAAGGCGCCUCCUGCUGGUCACUCAGGGAAUUAGCAUUUUUGGGGCUGGAGCGCCCCCUUCUGGCUGGUGUCUCACCCGCUGUUACUGUUAUUCGCCACCACUCCAUGUCAGGGCCCAUGGCUCUCUCAGAUGGUGACGCCCUCCUACUGGGGUACUGCCCUACCACAGUGCCCCCACACUCUGGAGUCCUCCCCCUCUGGGGACUCUCAAUCCCCCUAUGCCCACCUUGCCUCAGUGACUCACUGCUAGUCUUCAUCUAGCCCCUGCCUCAGGGCAAACUGCAGUCUGAAAUGGCCACUCAUCAUUGGCAAGGGGUUGUGGACCUGCUGCUUUUGUGUAUCCUGGUUGCCUUCCCUGCAGUCUGGAAGCUUGCCUGGCCAGAGCUUCCCCAGCUCUGCCUGACUUUCCUGAACACUGCUCUAAAUCAAGAAGCCUCUAGCUUCCCUAGCUACCAGGUCUCUCCUACUCCACAGCUGGAGCAAUAGGGUCUCUGAGUCCUACCCUCCAGGAGCCUGUAUUUAUACUGACCUCAGUCGGGCCCUAAUUGGCUCCUACCAGCUACAGAUGCUGUCUCCACAGCUCCAACGUUCCAGCCCUCCCCCCGGGCUGGGUUUAAACACCUUCAAGGGCCAGUGCUGGGCGGAUGCCCCAUCACAUCACAUCACAAGAUGACUCAUCGUGGUCGAUGCAGUCCAGCAAAGCGGUCAGCAUGGGCACAAGAAGUUCUGAAUUUAAACAGCAUGGCAGGGUUUCACCCGCUGCAUUGAACAUGAAGUUCCCUCUUUUUGUUGUCUGAGUGAGUGGUUGGCAUGGACUUAUUUGUGGUGUGUGUCUGAUGGAUCCCUCAAUCCAUGAAUGUAAUAAACCCACCCAGUUUCCACAGUGCGGGCGGAGCAGGUCGUGCUUCAGUGUCCUCGCCAAGGGCAGUGUCUAAGUUAGCCGUGUUGUGGUCAACACAGCUUUAUCUUGCUGUGAAUCCCUGGUUCCUCUUUGGAGAGAUCCAUGCACUCCCCCCCCCCUCCAUUUGGGUCUCAGACUUCUCCCACUCUGCCUUGAACUGCAAGUUACCACCCCUCCUUUCUGCCACAAAUUGGAGGGAGGGAGCUAUAAUAGUGUUCCUGUAACCAUCAUCCUUCCUAACCAUUAUUUAUGCCUCAUCUCUCUGCCAUAGUCCUCUGCAGCACAAACACCUGGUUUCUUGGUGUCCCCCAACUGUGAAACAAUAAACCAUCAUGAGCAUCCCUAAGUUGUAGGCUAGGAGAAACUUAAAAAACAGCACAUAGUCUGGUAGCACUUUAAAGACUGACAAAACAUGUAGAUAGUAUCAUGAGCUUUUGUGGGCACAGCCCACUUCUUCAGAUGUGAGAGGUGAAGGAGAGCUAAGCGGGAUCACCCUGUCUUUUAGCGCCACUCAGUGGCAGCCAGAAGUACUGCAUUCCUUUUAUUUGUCAAUUGCAAAUGUCGAUGUUCGAAUUGUACAUUUUCCGCCUCUUUAAAUACGAGCAUUUUAACCAGAGUUCUCUGUAUUUCUCAUCAAAGUAUCUGUGAAGCUUUCGGUUGGUUCCCAGGAGGAUCUAGGAAAGGGUCCUCUUAAAAAAUAAAAACCGAUGUGUCUGUCCAUUUCUUAUCGUACUUCCUACCUUUCUUAUGCAUUGGGAUAGUUUGCAAUUGUGGCCUUAAUGAAAAAUGACCAACUGUCCUGAACUUUUUUUUCCCUUACACUUUCUUCCCAUGGGACCAUACGUACCAAUUUGCCUCCUUGAAGUCCAUCAGCCUGCUGUUGUCCUUCCUACCAUUGCUCAAAAACUCUUAUCAGCUUCCUGAUCACUUUCAUCCAGCCCUCAAUGUCUCAGCCAGCUCCUCCCUGUUUGAAACAAUCAAAUGUAGAACAGCCUCUUCCCUGAUUGCUUCUUCCGCCCUUCGUAAUAAAAAGUAUCCGGUGCAUUCCAAGAACUUAGUGGCUAAUUGGUGGUCCCUCCCACAUUUUCUUCCCAACAAAUGUCUGAGUGGCUUAAGUCCCCCAUCACAACCUAAUGUGCGUUGGGUGGUUUGGUUAGUUGUUCACCUCUGCUUCCUGGUUAGGUGGUCUAUAACAGGCACUUUUCAUGACAUCAUUCUUGUUUACAACCCAUUUAGCCUUACUGAGUGACUUUCAACAGGUCUGCCUCCCGCUUUUAUCUUGAUCCCAGUCGGAAUGAUAGGAAGUGUGGUAAGAGCCCACCGUGGCUUACCUAGGAGACUGUCAGAAACGUGAAACUCAAAAUAUAGUCAUACAACAAGCGAAAACCAGGUCAAAUUAUGCAGGAUGAGUUAAAAAAAACACCAGCACAUAGG